AUGAUGUCCUCAUCACCGACGCCCUCGUCAUCCGGUGCUCUCCAAGAGGACAAUAUCUAUGCUAACGAUGAGCUCACGUCUGCCUCGAGUUCGAGCCAAUAUAUGCAUCACUUGACCUCAAAUACGGUCGACCAGAAUGUGGUUUCCUCGACACAACACAAUCAUAAUCACAAUCAUAACAACCAUCAACAGCCAUUCAAACACAUGUUGGCCCAGAAAUAUGCGGCCGAAUCGACGUCAGAACAGGCGGGAAGUUCUUCAGAGAGUGGACAACAACUGCACCACAAUUUGCAACAGUUUUACGCCUAUUCACCACUCGUGAGCAGUAGUUGCAGUUCACACCACUUCGAGACAAACAUAUUGGACGCCAAUAGUGUCCAAAACGAUGUCAUUCACGUGGAGUCGACGAGUGGUCAGUUGGACAGCGAAGACUCACAACUCAUGCAAAACAAUGUAUUUCAUGACAACGUAAUCGAGAAUCUUAUAAAACAGGAACAGACGGCGUCCAUGAACUCAACGUUAGUCAGCUCUACUUCGGCCGCAAAUAUGUGCCGACAGGACAUGAUCUUUGACUGCAAUAGUGAGGCCGUCGACUCCACUACCAGUGCUGGACAUCAGCUCAGUUACGUCCAGCCAAUGCAUGCAUAUCAAGAACCCAUCGAUAAGAUAGCCAUUCAGUCAUUAGUAUCGAUGCAAACCACAGAUUCUCAUCAUUUACUGCAAACCCAUUAUAUGCAUCAAAAUGCCGACAAUUCAAUGCCUGUAUUACAGCCACAGAUGGAUCAGUGCGUCCAACCCAUGGAGGAGUCGGUUCAGCACAACUCCAACGUUGUUGUCGGAGUGGAGAUGGAAACACCUCAAGAACAUGUCAUCAGUGAUCUGCCAGUUCUUAGUAGAGCCAGAGCUUCAUUACCCGCCGAAUAUCUGUAUAUCGAAGAACCAGAAAAUUCUGUCUCUGUUUUGGGUGUAUUCGCGAAGAAAACAAUCCCAAAGAGGACUCAAUUUGGUCCCGUCGAGGGUGUGAUCGUUGGACACAAUCACUCAAAUGUGCACAACUUUAAUCACAAUCUAAUGAUUUUCAUAACCGAGACAUUGAUUUUAGACCAAAGCGAUGAGAAUCAGUCAAAUUGGAUGAAAUUUGUUCGUUCGGCCAAUACUUUCGAGGAGCAGAACCUAUCGCUGAUCAGUAAAGAAAACGUUUCGGGCAAUGAAAUCGAAAUCAAGUUCUUCUUUCUGACCACACGAGCCAUAUAUGCGAGAGAAGAGCUUAAAGUGUGGUAUUCGAGAGAAUACGCCGAGAAGUUUAAUCUCAAGGUAUUAGAGCCGAGGACUCUAUUCAUACAAGAAGUUGACGAACAAAUGCCCGCCGAAAAUAUCCCCCAUAAAAGUGCCCCAAAUGCUAUCGAUAUUGUGGCCACAGGUGGCCAUAAGUUAAGAAAUAAAAUCGCAAAAACACAGCAACAGCUCCAACAACAACAACAGCAACAAAAACAAGAGACCCAACAGAGCGGCAGUCAAACCGAUACUAACGGCGCUUCCGGUCAGACAAAGGAGAGCUCAUCUCAACCCAAAUACCAGUGCGAGACCUGUCAGAAGGUGUUCCCACGGUUUUAUAGUUUGCGAAGACAUCAGAUCAUGCAUUCGGGCGAAAAGAAAUACAAGUGUCCCGUCUGUGGUAUGUCUUUCAGUCACGUCUACAACCGGAACAGACACGCGAAGAAACAUCAGAAAGUGGCCGUUAAUAAGAAGACGGCCUUAAAUCUGACGGAAAGUAACGAACAAAAUGUGAGUUUUAAAGCAUCGGAAGCAACCCCUAAGAAAAGCAACGCAAACGACAUGAAACCGCCGACGAGUCUGACUGUGGCCCGAAAGAGUGCCCCCAAGACUCCAAACAACAACUCGAAUAAACCGUUUCGUUGUCACGAGUGUUAUAAAUGUUUCACAACAGAUGAUCGUCUUAUAAGACACGCGAUCGUACACUCGAGCGACGAACAAGUCAAACCCCUGGCCUGUGAUAUCUGUCAGAAACGAUUUCUUAAUAACUCUGCCCUUUCGUGUCAUCUCAAAGUUCACAGUACUCCUAAAGAUCAGCCCCGAAGAUAUGAUUGUGUUAUAUGUAAGCUAUGGUUUGAUUCGACACAACUAAGGAAAGACCACAUCGUAUCGCACGCCCACCCCAUCACCGGACAGUUUACUUGUCCUAACUGUUCAAAAGGAUUUGACGAGUUCUCAGCCGUUAGAAAACAUAUCCGCGCUUUUCAUUCAGACAAACAAUACCCGUGCACUCAAUGCGAAAAAGUGUUCCCUCGUCCCGACAAAUUGAAGUUACAUAUGUUAAGACACAGCGAUCACAGAGAGUUCUUGUGCGCCAAUUGUGGCAAACAAUUCAAAAGGAAGGAUAAGUUGAAGGAACACAUGCAGAGAAUGCAUGCGCCCGACAGGGAGGCUAAACUCGCCGCCAAACAAGCGGCAAAACAGGCGCAACAGUUGAGUCUACAGCACAAGAAGUUUGUGCCAAAAGUGUCGCCAACCGAUUACCACCGAUUCAUAUAUAAAUGUCACACUUGUUUGCUUGGGUUUAAGCGCCGGGGAAUGCUUGUCAACCAUUUGGCUAAAAGACAUCCGGAUAUACCUCCAGAUUCUGUGCCUGAGCUUAAUCUACCAAUACUUAAGACAACCCGUGAUUAUUACUGUCAAUAUUGUGACAAAAUAUAUAAAUCCAGUUCCAAACGGAAAGCUCAUAUCAUGAAGAAUCAUCCGGGCAAAUCGCUUCCACUAUCUAACCGGCAUAAGGGAGGCAUACCAGUGAUACCUGGGAUCCCGAACCCCACAUACAGCGCAACGGUAGGCAGUAUAACAACACACCCCCACUACUGCGACUGGUGUCACAAACAGUACGCCAGUAAAGCAAAACUACUUCAACACCAACGCAAAAAGCACCCUGAACAGAUGGCUAUCAUCAACACCAACGCCCGCACCCGACAACGCACUGUCGCCAUGACCUCCACCCCAAUCAUGAGUCAGGCAAUCACCUCACAGACCAUAACCCAAACGCCAAACAUAAUGGCCGCUCAAAACCCCAAUCAGUCGACCGUCUCAUUGGGAACGACCACUAAUUUGAUAACAAUAUUAGAAAAUCUCAAUAGCAUUAUAACUGCGACAAUGAAUAACGAUUUGUCGCAAUCAAACACAUCGAGCGCUGAUCUCCAAGAACUACUUCAGGGCAGCUCUGGUGACCUCUUGACUCAAGCCAUGUCCGAACUGACAGCCACUAAGGGCGAGGGCGGCGCCACUCUUAUCAUCACUACUCAGCCCUCAGACGAUGACCACAAUUGGAGUGAAGUCUGCGAACAAAUCACUGAAGUGUGACAUCGAUAUUGAUUUUUACUUGUAUUGUAAUCUAAUACCGAAAUUGAAUAUUAUUUUAUAUUUUCUAUAAUCAUUUGCCAC